UGAGAGCGAGGGAGCGCGCAGGGGAGCGCGGCGCAGCCCUCCCAGCGCCCGCACGCAGCGCCGGCCCCGCCGCCCCGGCCCCGCCGCCGCCAGAGCCCUGCGAGCCGCGGGCAGCGCACGGCGGGCCGGCGAUGCGGCGCGCAGCUCCCGGGCGCCGGAGCCUGUGAGCGGCGGCGCGCCGCCCCGUCGGCUCUCGGGCAGCGCAGCGCGGCCGGCGGCGGGCGGCAGCGAGCGGCGAGCCGCCGGGGUGAGCGCGGGCGGGCGGCCGGUGCCGGCGGCGCGGCAGGAUGUGAGCGGGGCGGCCGAGCGGCGGCCGGCGCGGCGGGGAGCGGGACGGCGGAGCGGCGCGGAGCGGCCAUGCCCUUCUGAGGAGCCGCGCAGCAUGUUCGGGCUGGAGCAGUUCGAGCCGCAGAGCAGCAGCCGGAGCGGCGGGCAGGCGGAGCGGGGCUUCGGCCAGCCCGGACUGAGCAUGAGCGCGCACUUCAAGGCGCCGGCCUUCCCCGGCGGCGGCCCGGCGGCGGCGGCGGUGGACCCGGCCCUUGGCGCGCUGGGCGAGCCGCCCCUCCUGGGCAUGAACAUGAGCCUGGCCGGGGACGCCUACGGCUUCCCUGGCCGCGGCCCCGCCGAGCUGCACGGCGGCGGCAUGCAGCCGCCAGUGCACGGCUUCUUCGGCGGGCAGCAGCCGCACGGCGGCCACGGCGGCUCUCAUCACCCCCACCAGCACCCCCCGCACUUCGGCGGCAACUUCGGGCCCGACCCCGGUGCCUCUUGCGUGCACGGCGGCCGGCUCCUGGGCUACAGCGGCGCGCUGGGCGGACAGACGGCGUUCGCCGACGGCUACGAGCACAUGGCCGAGAGCCAGGGCGGCGAGGGCUUCGGGCAGCAGCGUCCCGGGAACCUGCCGGACUUCCAGCACCACAGCGCCGGCGCUUCCAGCCACGCCGUGCCGGCGCCCUGCUUGCCCCUCGACCAGUCCCCCAACCGCGCCGCCUCCUUCCACGGGCUGCCGGCGACCGGCUCCUCCGAGCCCCACGGCCUGGAGCAGCGGCGGCUCCCUGCGCAGGGUGGCGUGGACUCGCUGGAAUACAAUUACCCCGGCGACGGCCCCGCCGGCCACUUCGAGCUGCCUGUCUUUUCCCCGUCGGAGCCCGAGGGGCAGCUGCCGCACUACGGCGGUGCUAGGCAGGUGCCAUCAGGCGGCAGCUUCGCGGGGGCACCCACCCUGUCCCGGGCACCGGGCAUGGCUGUGGCCAAGGCGCACCCGCCGCAGCAGCACAGCGUCUUCUUCGAGCGCUUCGGGGGAACACGGAAGAUGUCCACCAGCCUGGAGCCGGGGGCCAACGCCAGGCACCCACUGAUGCAGCAGCAGCAGCCACCGCAGCCGCCACAGCAGCCGCCGGGCUUGCUGGCCAGACAGAACUCCUGCCCGCCAGCCAUCCCUAGGCAACAGCAAACAGAAGCCAAUGCUCCCAACCCCAACCUGCAGGACAAUGGGCCCAUAAUGCAGAACCAGCAUGCACAGUUUGAAUACCCUAUUCACAGACUGGAGAACAGGAAUAUGCAUCCCUACACCGACCCCGUGUUUAAUAUGCAGCACCCUCCUCCGCAACAGCCACCAAAUCAAAGACUGCAGCACUUCGAUGCCCCCUACGUGAGCGUCGCCAAGAGGCCGCGGUUCGACUUCCCUGGCAACCCCAACGUCGAGCGCUGCGCCUCCUGGGGCAGUGGCAUGCAUGGCCCCGCCAUGGAGAGCCACCUCUCCCCGACGGCCUAUCCUGGCCUGCCGGGUGAGUUCACCCCGCCAGCACCCGAGGCCUUUGGGGCACCACUGCCGCACGGCGGCCCCGAGCACCCGGCGCUGGCGCAGCGCCAGAACGCGGCCCUGGUGAUGAAGCAGAUGGCCUCGCGUAGCCAGCAGCGCCUGCGGCCGCCCAGCCUGCAGCAGCUGGGGCACCACGGUGAGGUGGGCCCGCCCGGCGGCCUGCCACCACCCGCCUUCGAGCGGGAGGCCGGCAGCAGCGGCCGCAGCUUCGAUCCGCCUGCACCCCACCUGGCCCCCGACAGCGCCUGGUUCACGGGGCCGCCGCCGCCUGGGGAGCUGCUGCCACGGCGCAUGGCAGCACCAGGGCUGCCGGCAGAGGCAGCCCCCCAUGAGCUGGGCCUGCAGCCGGGUGGUGCUGCCAUGCUGUUCCGGCCGGGCGCCGGCGGGCUGGGGCUGCAGGAGCCGCUGCGGAUGGCAGGUGAGGGGCCGGCGCAGGCCCUGUCAUCGCCCGGUGUCCACCCGCCUUUCGCGCCUGCCAUGGGUGGCCUCUCGCAGCUGCAGUCACCGGGCGGUGGCGUGGCGCUGCCCAGUGCCCCUGCCGAGCGCCGCGGCCCUGCUGACUUUGCCACCCAGCCUGGCUUCCCCUUCACGGCAGCAGCGCGGCAGCCGGCAGCCCACGGGGCUGCACCCGCCCUCAGCGCCUCACCGGGCGCCUACCCACCGCCCCCGCCCGAGUUCCCCCCGCCGCCGCCGCCACGGCCCACCGCCAGCAAGCUGGGUGCUCUCUCGCUGGGCUCCUUCAGCAAGCCGGCCAGCAAGGACAACGUCUUUGGGCAGAGCUGCUUGGCCGCCCUCUCCACCGCCUGCCAGAACAUGAUUGCCAGCCUGGGCGCCCCAAACCUCAACGUCACCUUCAACAAGAAGAGCCCGGCUGAGGCCAAACGCAAGCUCAGCCAGGCUGAGCCCGACCCGCCACCACCCGCUGCCCCGGACUACUUCCCAGCAGGGCCACCCGCGGGCGGGGGUGGCACGGGCAAGGCGGCGAGUGUGGCCCCGCUGCUGCCGGCCGAGAGCAGCCUCUCGCCUGGCUACGCGCUGGAGCCGGCGGCUGGCGGCGAGGGGAAGACUGGCGGCGGGCGGGGGCGGGGCCGUCGGAAACGGGACAGCGGGCAUGUCAGCCCCGGCACCUUCUUCGAGAAGUUCUCGACCGCGGAGGGCGGAGGGGCCGGUGUCAGCCCUGGGCAACCGGCAGUGCUGGCGGCGGGGGGCCCGCCGGGGGCUGCGGGCACGGAGCGUGGCGGGGGCACCCCCCAUGACAAGCCCCUGACCUCACCCUCUUGGGGCAAGGGCGGUGAGCUGCUGCUGGGCGAGCAGCCCGACCUGAUGUCCUCCCUGGACAGCGGCAUCCAGAGCGUGACCAAGUCGGACGGCAGCUCCCCGCACGUGGACUUUCCCGAUGAGGUCAGCACCAGCUAUGGCAACGAGGACGAGGUGUCCUCCAGCUCUGACAAUGCCACCUCCAAGCCCACCCGCAGCCCGCUGCUGGGCGGCUCGCCCAAGCUGCCCCGUGGGGAGCACGCACUUCUCAACGGACAGAAGCCCCUGGCCCUCGGCCUCCUCAGUACGUCUACCUCGACCCCUGACAGCUACGGGCUCAGCACCACGGCAGGCGCCCACCCCAGCACGCCGGGCAUGGAGCAGGUGCGGACCCCCACGAGCACCUCUGCCCAGGACGAGAUCCACCCCCUGGAGAUCCUGCAGGCGCAGAUCCAGCUCCAGCGGCAGCAGUUCAGCAUCUCGGAAGACCAGCCCUUGGGGCUGAAGAGCAAGAAGGGGGAGUGCGCGGGGCAGAACGGGGACAGUGACCUGGGCAGCUGCUGCUCAGAGGGCGUCAAGGGCACCAUGAGCACCAUCGACCUGGACUCCCUGAUGGCGGAGCACAACUCCACCUGGUACCUGCCUGGCGAGAAGGCCCUGAUGGAGGGGCAGGAGGAGGACAAGCCCAUGGCGCCCUGGGAGAAGCCCAAGCCUGCGAACCCCAGCAAAGAAGCCCACGACCUUCCCCCGAGCAAGACGUCGGCCGCGGCGCAGACGGGCAGCCACCUGCAAUGCCUCUCGGUGCACUGCACUGACGACGUGGGCGAGGCGAAGGGCCGGACUGCGGUGCCGACGUGGAGGUCCCUGCACUCGGACAUCUCCAACAGAUUUGGGACUUUUGUGGCUGCCCUGACUUGAACAAAAGAAAUUAUUUUUUUUCUCUUUUUAAUUUCAAAGGGCCGCUACUGCUAGGUGGACUAUUUUUCUAGGUUGGUACCUGCUUAGUGGCAUACGGACUGGAAAGGGUUAAUUUAAAGUAAACCUCAACUUUUUUUUAAUCUUCUGCCACAGUAUGUUACCAGUGUUAACCCUUCUGCAGUUAGCACACUUUUGCUUAAGAUUUUCCUGCUAGACCACUUUUUCCCAUUAUUCUGUAACCUUGGCAUACAUUUGUAGAUGAGGCCUUUUCCUUUUUCAUCUCAGCGUAUGUCCAAGUCACGUAUGUCAAAAUAAGACAAAGAUCCUCCUCCUCCUCCUUUUCUUCCUCAUUUGCUUUGUUUUUCUUUAUUUUUGUUUUGCUUUGUUCAGUGCUUAUUACAAUGGUGAUCCUGAAGAACAACAGUUCAGGAAUAAACACCGGUUAAAGUGAAAUGGUCAUCAUUAUAUUAUAUAUUAUAUUGACACCCAGCUUUUGCCAGUCACAUACAAACCAAACAGUUAAUGCUCUGUUGAAUAUUCAGGUGACGAGCCUGCCUUUUCCUGAGAAAAUGAUGUUCUGUUGCUAAUAAUGUUCAGCCUUGUUUGCUCUCCACCUCCCUCUGCAAGACGACGAUGCUGGUUCCUGUGUUUGCCCCACUGAUGCCCAGAGCUCUGUCACCAAUGGGCUGGUGCAGACCCAGCCAGGGGAGGUACAGAGAAGUUUUUCUGAGUAAGUCUAACAGGAAGUUUACCUCCUGGUCCUGGUGAUGCUCCCACAGCUCCCACUUCACUGCUGGAGAAGAACAUCCCCCCGCGCCACUGCGCACCGCCGGUGUGUCCAUCCUGUGGCGCGGUGUCCCGGUGCGGGAGCCAGCGGCACGGCUAAGGCUGGGUCCGUGCCAGCUGUGCCCGCUGUCCCCAAACCCUGCCAGGCAGCACUGCCACCCCUGCCCAUUUCUCACCCAUUUUUAGCUGAAGGCAGGUGCCAUCGAUUGAAGUGAAAUGCAGCAUCCUGUGCCUGUGGAGUGCCCCAGCUCCCGCUGCAGCUGUCCUGGUGUGGUGACAGCAGUCAGGGGACAGCCUGAGCAGGGGGAUGUACACCCAGGGUCACCCUUCCCUAAUCUGUCAGGGCAAGGAGAACCCCCACUAGACCCCCCAAAAUUGUUCGAGGCCCUGUUUUUGCCAUGCAUUGAAGAACAGUGUUACUAGAUGCACACAAUAAAAGGAAAACCGUACUUUCCUGCUCAUGAUAGAUAAUACUAAUUUGAGAAGAGAGUUGGAAGCAAACCAGAUAAAAACAUGACUGACAGGAUGAUCCGACACUCCUGUGGUUUUACGUAACGCUGUCCAUUAUUUGUGUGUCCUCUGUGUCCAGGGAGCAUGAGCCGUCCCCCCCGUGCCGGCCAGCUCGCUUUCCUCUGCUCCCUGAAGCUUAAUAACAUCGCUGGAGAUUUAGGUUUGAGCUGUGAAAUAAAGGUCGGCCUCUCUAGGGUUAUUUAUUACUUCUGUCAUGAAUUCACAAAAUGUGUCCCUCCUCAAGGGAUGGAGUUUGAAGACUGCUUUGUAUUUUAUCUUUGGGGAUUGUGCUGGGCCUUUAAUUAUUGUGAAGUAAUGUUCUCAGUAGACACCAAUGGAGAGGAAAUUUCUGCCUAAAAUGCUGAUGGCACAGGGUGGUCUGAAAUCCUCACUCUCGAUCACGUGUGGCUUCAGAGAGAUUCACAGUGUUUGGUAAUGUUCUUUGAAUGUGCUCUUAUUAACUGCAUGGAUUGAUUUCCUCUUAUGGGUCUGGUCAGUGACUUGAAUUUGGAUAAAUUUAAGGGUUUUGAACCUUGAUUGUCAAUAUUGUUUUGCUUUGUAUUGAAGCUGGAGCUGCCACGAGGAUGAGGAUUUUUGCCCAUCCUGGAGCAGUUGGCUGUGGAGCUGCCUCACACCCGCUUGUUUGGGAGCAGCAGGCUGUUUGUACGUCGGUAGGUGUGUGAGCUGCCGGCAGCAUCGAGCUCCUCCUGCACCUGCGAUAGCACAUCACCCUCCCCAUAAAAUACCUGUCUCCUGGUAGAAUAAUAAUUGCCAGCCCCUACUCUGGAAGAUGCCUCUUUGCCUGUGAUUUCUUAAGUCCUGGUUUAUCCUGAUAUGUGUUUAACUUUAAAUCCUGUCUAGCAAAGCGCUUGGGGCUGCUGAGCUGCGGGGGCCAGUGCUGCCGCCGUGGGCUCUGUCGGCAGCUCCCGCUGUCCCAGCAGCUCCUGCCCAUGGAGGAACCCCAGCCACACACGUGCCCAGACACAUGGUACCGCGUUUCAGCACUCAGGGCUGAAAAUUUAGGCAGAGUUCAUGGUCUGGCAGCAUUCCUGUACCUAGUGCAGCCCUGGUGGCUUCCUUCUUCGUUUUUAGUUUUUCCUGCCACAUUCAAGAGAUCAGGUUUUUCAGGCUUCCUGAGGUCAGGGGUGCACACACCCUGUGCUACCAGGAAGAGACCUCUUGGUGAACACCGCAUUGAACACUUCACAACGCGUUUAAAGAGAAAUCCUCCUUUUGGUAGAAACGCCGUGGCUCAGGUGGUCUCACCCCGCUUUGUUCUGGUCAGCUCUCUGCGGUUGUGCUUGUUCCCUGGAGCUGUUCUCAUCCACUAGGGACUCACUUUUUCACUUGCUCAUAGAAAGAUAAAGUGGAAGCUGCUCCUUAAACACCAGUGGAACCCCGUGCAGUGAGGUCGGGCUGUGCUGGGGCAGGGAGGCGUCUGCAGCUGCCGAGCUGCGUGGCGUGAGGAGCUGGAGCCGUGGCCAACGCCGGGUCUGCUCCUGCAUCGCCGGCACUGCCGCGCCCAUCGGGGCGAUGCAGGAGAGGACACGUUGUUAGAUAAUGAGGAGUUAAAAAUAGUUGAGCUUCUUCUGGGUCUUACUGUCCAUGUAGUUUUGCUGCAUGAUAGGGUCACGUGCAAUCCUUUUGCUGACCUCCUAUCCAUUCGGUCUUGCUUAAUUUGAGCGAUGUUAUCAGCCGAGCAAAAGGACAUGAUGCAAGCUCUACUCAAGGCAUCUGUUAGCAACACCAGGACCAAUCUGCGCUGUUACAGUUUCUUUGCUUUUUGCCAAAGAUGAGAACAGAAACAGGACUUUUGACUGACCAGGACAAGCAUUGCUUCAUGCGUGUAUUUGGUACUGAGAACAUAUGCAGAAGGCUAGAGCCUAAGCAAAGCUUAUGUUGCCUGUGCUAAUUUCAUUGUACUUAUUUUGUCCAUUAAUUUGUCAUUGAAUGCACUGAUUUUUUUUUAACGUAUAUAAAACAUCAGCUUAGCCCUACAUGGUAAGAAUUGAACUGAUUUGAUUUCGUGAACAAUAAUACUUCCAACCGAAGCAUGUUUGAGAGCCUGUUGUGCAGGAGGUAAGCUGCACUCUUGUGGAGAGGGAAACUGAGGCACAGGCAGUGUCAAGCCCAGCUUGGUCAAAUGCCCAUUGGUGCAGAGCUGAGCUGCACUGGGCUCUGAGCUCUGCUCGCAGCCCCAGUCGCUGGAGCCGUGAAAUUCUAUCAGCUGCAAGUUCCCCAAAUGGUUGGUAAAGCCAGAAUAACUUAAACUCGCGCCUGCUCGUCCUAUAGGGCAGCCAGACGGGGGAUGUUGUACCAAGAAGUCAAAGCCCUGUGGUGAAUGUGCCAUUAAGACAGGCACAAUAUUUGCUUUGUAUUGUGAACAACAGCUAAAAAUGUGCCUUCCUGUUUGUUUUGGAGACUUGUCCCUGCCUUGCCUCGUGUUUUCGGUUCCCCCCCAGCUCCAGGUGCCCUGUAUGGGGAGCCUGGGCAUUGCUGACCUGGCCCAGCUCGCUGACUCCUUCGGUGCUUGUUAAACUCUGCACUUGGUCUUCAACUAGUAGCAAACUGAGAAAUGUAAUCUCCCUGCAUUUAAAUUGGGAGGAGUGAUAAAAGAUCUCUUUGCCCAAGAAAAGGGAAAGAAUAGGCCUUAUUUAUUAAAUACUGUUGCGAAUUUUUCCAGAUCAUUUUUUUCCUAAGGUUACUCUGCUGUUCCAGCUUGGUGGCUAGAGCAGCAGUGAGAUGUGUCACACUCAUUUCUGCUCAGUGGCGGUGACGUUCACCCGGGAGGUGAGGAUUUCAUUGUGUGACCUGGGUGGACGGGAACGAGCAUCAGUCACAUCCCGGGUGUCGCAGAGGGACCGUUCCAGAUGGUCUAUGGUCACCGAGGCCGCUGUCCCCAGUGCGGGGUGGCUGUGAGGCUCCGGGGAGGAGGAGGAGGAGGGUGCGGUGAGACCACACUGGGGGGGAAACGCAGACAAAGCCAAAACUUCUAAAGUUUGGUUGUUUUUGUUAAGCUGCAAUGUAAGGUUUUCUCAGCUACUAGAUUCACAGCUGUUCAAUGGAUGGUGUAUAAGAGCAUAACCCAUUUUUAUAGAAUUGUUUCUCCUUUAUUGCUUAAGGCUAAUGGAGGAAAUAGUCUAAUUUUGUUCUUAGAAAUUCUCUAUUAAAAUUGUUGGUUUCAGUCCAUCCGCUCAUAGAUUCCGACUGAUGAAACUGCAGGCUGUGAUUUCCAGCAGUUAUAACUUUAUCACUAUUCACUACCCAAGAAUAUUACAGCUUUAAAACAGCCUUAAGCAAAAGGAUGUUAUUUCUUUGUACUAGAUUUGGUUCAUGCAAAAGAAAAAAAAAAUCAAAACACUGGUAAUCCGUACUGCAUAGCAAACUCUUCUGAAAAAUGUAAUUGCACAUGUAAAAUAUGAAAACUUGACUCUGCUGUGUGUUAGGCAAUCCUGUAAUCUUCUUUCUUUUUUUCUUUUCCUUUUUUCUUUUUUUUUUAGUUUUUCAAUUCUUGUUAAAUUCAUUUCUUAAAUGCUUGGUUGGAAGACUGUGACAAUAGCUCAUGAAAUUGAGUGUUAUUUUUCUUUUUUUUUUAAUAUGUAAAGUGCAGUCUUCUGUAUUCAUGCAUAUUGUACAUAUCUGUAUAUGUUUUACUGAGCAACUAAAUAACAAUAAAUAUGAUGUUAAUGGUG